AUGCAGGGACAAGGAGUGGCGGAAGAGAAAGCAAGUAUACAGUAUCAGACUGCCGCAGGAAGCUGGUUGAAUGUAGAGCAGCUCGCUGGGAUUGACUUUAGAGAGGAAAGAAAGAAAAAGAGAGGGGUGGAUGAGAAGGAAAAUCUGGGAAUUGGAGACGGAGUGGAAGCGCAAAUGGCGAGUUGGCCUGGAGAUAACACGGAAAGCUCGGGCGCGUGGCCUGAAAGCUCCGUUCCGCCUGGGCCACUUCUGGAACCUCGACUGCGUCCUCCGUCUUGUUCGUCGGCAGUGACGGCGAAUUACUGA